AUGGCGAACGUUCGGGAUAGUGACACAUCUUUGUGGCUCCACAAUAAACUCGGUAUUUCGAAUGAUUCGUGGACAAGCGGCUCAAUUUGUACCCAAUUAAAUGCUGAAGUGUUGAAAAAUAUCAAGGAUUGUUUUCCAGAUUUGCAAACGCAAGUGAAAUUGAAAUUAUUGCUAAGUUUCUUUCAUAUCCCGCGCAGAAAUGUUGAGGAGUGGAGAAAUGAACUCGAAGAGAUUAUUGAAGUGGCAGCCGUGGACUCAGACCUCUGGGUGGCCAUGUUGGCGGAGACCCUCAAAACAUUCCCCUCAGUGGGCACCCUUAACACGGAGAUAGCAGAGUUUGAUGAGACCAGGCCGAUCUUCAGUGACAUGAUCAGUGAACUGCGAAGGGCAUUGGCUAAGCAUUCAGAUCUUGGACUGUUACCGCUUGAGUGCCUCUAUUUGAAUAAGAAUGCUUUGGUUUCUGUGGUCGGUCAACAACCGAAUCCAGUGAAGCAUUUCACAUUAAAACGUAAGCCGAAAUCAGUGGCAUUGCGUACAGAACUGUUGACUAAAGCAACAGAGGUGCAAGCCAAUCAGAAGAAGGCACAGGCUCCGUCAGUGCCUGUUCGCAGUAGGGGCAUGCCGCGGAAGAUGACUGAUACCACUCCACUAAAAGGUCUACCGUCUCGUUUCGGCGGUGCUCGCGGCGGAACAUGGCGCGGCGCGGCUCGUCCGCCGCCCCGCGCCGGGAUCAAACUCCUCGACAUCACGGAGCAGCCCGCCACACAUGCACAGAUCAAGAAGAGGAGGAAACUUGAAAUGGAGGAAGGUGCAAAGAAGGCAGCGGCCGCAGCGCCGCCGUCGCCGCCUCCGCCAGACUAUGCCAAGGGACUCAACAACUUUACUGGGCCCAAGCCUGAUGAAAACACUAAUGCGACAUCGUCAAGUACAUCGGAGCCGGCGCCGCCCCCCGCGUCCCCUCCCCCCGCGGCGCCCGCCCCCCCCGCCACGCCCGACACUCCGCCGCCCCUCGCCAGCCCGCUACUGGUACAUGGUUCAAAUCCAAAGCCGAUAGUAAUAGGUCAACAACCAAAGCUCCUGAUAGCCGGCCCCGCUGGGGGCAAGCCCUUACUACUGUCCACACAGAACCUACUCAACACUUCCACUGUUAUACUGCAACCUGGCGGGAAAGCUGUGUUGUUGCAGAAUAUUAAACCUCUGGCGCAGGCGGUGCAGCCGGCGCGGGCGGCCGCCGGGCCCGCGCUGCAACACCAGCUGCAACCGGUCCAGAUCCCGCAAGCAGUCCCGCAGCCCGCAGUGGCGGCGCCGGCGCCCGCGCUGGCUGCCACGCAGACGCCGCCCUUGUUGCCGCGCCGGGGACUCUCGCUCACGCGUGAACAAAUGUUGGAGGCACAAGAUAUGUUCCGCAAUGCCAACCGGGUCACGAGACCAGAGAAGGCGCUUAUACUUGGUUUCAUGGCCGGAUCCAGAGAUAAUCCAUGUCCGAACCUAGGCAACAUAGUAACGAUAAAACUAUCAGAAAACAUCGAGAAUGUUCUCCAGUCGGACGACACAUACCUCACAAUGCUGUCAGAAAUGCAUUUCCAAAUGAACUACAAUAACGGCCAGUGGACGAGACUCAAGAAGUACAGACAUAUAGACGGGAUGGUUCCGCAAAAAAUACCUCCCGGCUCCACAGUAAUUUCAUCCAAUAACCAGCAACCUAUAGUGUCGAUAGCCAAUCAGAGUGUCAGUUAAGUGUAGUGACCAAAGACAGUGCGUGACGUGCAGUGAUUCAAACAUGGAACAGAAAUGUUGCGAGUUUCAUUUUUCGAAGUAAGUCUGAUGUGUUCUCUUUUUGAAUUGGAAUUUUUUGUUGGUUUCUCAAAAGUGACAGUUUGUUUUUUUCUUUUGAUUAGAGGUUUUAUUUGGAUUUAUGAUUGGACCUCUUUGGAUGAAAAACUGUACAAUAAAUUCCGUGUUAGAAAAAAAAAACCUUAACUGUACAUUGGCCAAAUUGGAAGAAUCUUUAUAUUAGGAAAUACAAAUGUGCUUUGUUCCCGAUAAUCGUAAAUCUUAGAAUUUUGUACGAAAACCUUUAUUUCAAAUAUCCAAAGACAGUUACUAUUAAAAGUAAAACGAAUCCCUGAUAAGUGUGCUUUAGACAAAUAAAUUGUAAAUUAAAAGAAAUUGAACAGAGAAUACUUAUUGGAUCAAUGUAAUUAUGUGGUAAUGGUAGACUUGUCCAUUGUCUAUUUCUAUACUCUGUGGUACUCUCUAUCUCAUACGGCUACACUACUCUCUAUUUUCCUAUUAACCUAUGAAUCGCCAUCACUUCUCAGUUCUUAAACUUCUGGUGUACGGGAAUGAGGUUAUUUUUUGUGCUCCCGAGAUGGCGCUAGUGAGACGAUGCUCUAUUUUCCAAUCUGAUAAGAUAUUCUGUGAGAUAUCCAUUUAAACUUUCAAAGUUCGAUCGCGGUCCGUUAUUUCAUUGGUUGUGAGAAUAAUCUCUACCAAUGACGGGCGAGAAUGCCAUCGAGCUCACAUCUUGAGAGUUCGAAUAGCCUAGUGGUUAGUUGUAGUUGUUGGUUAGUUGUUGCUGACUUGUCAUUAACACUUAUUCUGUUGAAUACUAUUCUUCUUUAUCUAAACUAGUGCUGAAUACUAUUCUUCUUUAUCUAAACUAGUGCCUAUAGGAGACGAGUUCAUACCUAUCACUGCGAUAUUUUUUAUCUUUAUAUUUAGAUUCCAUUCCAUUGCACGUAAUUUGGUAUCUAAAUCAUAGCUGCUCUUCCAUACAGUUCGGUAUGUCUACAUAGAAGCCUGCUACAUAACUAUAUAUUUCUUUUUUCCCAACCCAUUGCUGCAUAAUUGGUUGUCCAAGUUAAAAUACGAAAACUACUCAAUACUGUGAUUUGAAACAUUUGACCAGGAAUUGGUUCACUGUUCGUCCCAUAACUGUGUCUGCCGAGUUUCCUAUUAGGUGAUUAUUUUAAAAUAUGUCAUAAUAACAUAGUUUGUAUGUAUGGUAUAGAAUCACUUUGUCUAUAAUUGAACAUAAUUUUGGCGCGAACGGGCCGGCUCGACCGGAGUGAUGCCACGGCUGAAUAGAAAACCGACGUGAAGCAACGCUU